GAAAACUACAAACCCCAGUGUUUGUGCUUCCGGUGCGUGUUACGUCACUGUUCCAGAGGCUCAACUGACUUCACUUGCAAGGUGGUCUCCAGCCACAACCUCUAGAUGCUGCCCAGUGUCCUCCGCUGUGUUCGGCCUAUCUCUAUCACUCCUGCCUUAAGCCGGCUUCUGGCUCACUUCAGACCACAAAUGGACCCAGACCCAAGCCGGCCUGUUGAGAGGGCUAUUAGAACCAAACUCACCAACACGCUCAAGCCAGACCACUUAGAGGUACACAAUGAAAGUCACAUGCAUGCCGUGCCCCCUGGUUCCGAAUCCCACUUCCGUGUCCUGGUUGUUAGCGCCCAAUUCAAAGGUCUGCCACUGAUACAGCGCCACCGUCUGGUUAAUGAAGCUUUGAAGGAGGAGUUGAGUGGCUGUGUUCAUGCACUUGCUAUACAGGCAAAAACACCUGAACAGUGGGGGAGUAACCCCACCUUGGCUAAGAGUCCACCAUGCAUGGGAGGAUCGAGGGGAGAUCACACAAUGGAGGAGAAACUGAAGGCUGGACGAGAAUGAAGUGCUGGACUAUGAAUCAGUGCUGGACUGCAAUAUGAGGAAUACAGGUGAAUGCUGUAACAGAGAUAUAAAGAUUCAUAUUUCUUCCUCUCCCUUUUCUUCUUUUUCUUCUUUCCUUUUUGAUUUUAUUCACACAUCCUGGAUUUAAUGGCAGUUAGGAUUCUGUUUUGUCAGUCAUAAUAAAACCAUCAUUGUAAACAUUAAGUUUGCAAUUGUAUUGAACAUGUAAAUUUUGCUGUAUCAACUAGUGUCACAUGGCUGUUGAACAAAUUCAGUACAAAGAACAACAAACACUUAAAUUCCACAGGACAAUAUUUCCAUAACAAUACUCUCAAUGAUAUCAGACUUAUGGAGUAAAAUGCUAAAAGUACUCGCAGGGAUUUUGCCUAAACAACAUUGUUUUUUCUUUUGUUUUUUUUGUGAGCCAGUCAGCUCUUUGUAGGUUGGUGUGUGUAUCAGUACAAACCUCUUUAUGUGUUCUAGUAUCACAGGCCAAUAGUCAGUAGUGGAAGGUCAUGUUUCCUCAUUUCUACAAGUGAAUGAAAGUAAACAGAAUACUUAAAAAAAAAUGUAAAUACAUUUCUGCAAUUCAAGAUCGAAAAUUUAAAUAAAGUUAUUUAAGCAGG